AUGACGGCGGUCAGUGCUGAGUACAGGCCGGGCCGUGCCACCGGAAAGCCAGGCCGUGCCACCGGAGAGCCAGGCCGUGCCGGGCCAGACCGUGCCACCGGAGAGCCAGGCCAGAGCCAGGCCCGUGCCACCGGAGCCAAGCCAUCGGAGAGCCAGGCCGUGCCACCGGAGCCAGGCCGUGCCACGGAAAGCCAGGUGCCACCCGGAGGGCCAGGCCGUGCACCGAGGAGCCAGGCCGUGCCAUCGGAGAGCCAGGCGUGCCAGGCCGUGCCACCGGAGCCAGAGCCAGGCCGUGCCACGGAGAGCAGGCGUGCCACCGGAGAGCCAGGCCGCGUGCCAACCGAGAGCCAGGCCGUGCCACCGGAGGAGCCAGACCGUGCCCACCGGAGAGCCAGGCCCGUGCCCACCGAGAGGCCAGGCCGUGCCACCGGAGAAGCCAGGCCCGUGCCACCGGAGAGCCAGGAGAGCCAGGCCGGGGCCACCGGAGAGCCAGGCCGUGCCACCGGAGAGCCCAGCCGUGCCACGGAGAGCCAGGCCGUGCCACCGGAGAGGCCGUGCCCCGGAAGCCAGACCGUGCCACCGGAAAAGCCAGGCCGUGCCACCGGAGAGCCAGGCCGUGCCAUCGGAGAGCCAGCCGUGCCACCGGAGAGCCAGACCAGCCUGCCACCACCGGAGAGCCAGGCCGUGGCCACCGGGAGAGCCCAGGCCCAGCCAGGCCGUGCCCACCGGAGAGCCAGGCCGGAGAGCCAGGCCGUGCCACCGGAAAAGCCAGACCGCCGUGCCACCGGAAAGCCAGGCCGUGCCACCAGAGCCAGCCAGCCGGAGAGCCGGCCGUGCCACCGGAGAGCCAGACCAGGCGUGCCACCGAGCCAGGCCGUGCCACCGGGAGAGCCAGGCGUGCACCGGAGAGAGCCAGGCCGCCGUGCCACCGGAGAGCCAGGAAAGGCCAGGCCCGUGCCACCGGAGAGCCAGGCCGUGCCACCGGAGAGCCAGGAAAGCCAGGCCGUGCCACGGAUGAGCGGUCACUCGCGGUCACGGGAAAGGUCGCCGAAGAUGACACCCAAACCUAUCCGCCUGGUGGUCGACCUUGAAGCCAUCCGCAAGCUGUGCCACUGGGUAGAGGUCGCCUGUCACGCGGACUCGGGCUCUGAAGCUCCUCGGACGACAGUGUGUUCCCGGGCCUCGUAG